CCCAAGCCUCUCUACGAAAACAGCCUUAUCCGAGACGGAAAAGUCGACGCAACCCUCUCAUCCAACACCUCCAACACAACAAAUGAGACUCCCAAUGGGUAACCACCUACGGCCACCACCAGCGAUCCCACUACCACCCAGCCACCCACGAAGUAAUGGUCGUGCCGUCCGGCCCGGGCAGAAUCCGCUGGGGCACCACCGACCUAGACGACAGCCCCGACGAGCACACCUACGGGUCUGACUCUGAGGAUGGCGCUCUCUUCACGGACGUCGAGGCCGGAGAUCUGCUCAUCAUUCCGGCGGGUGUGGCGCAUAUGUCGUACAAUCGGGACUCGCCGAGUCCCGAGGCGCAGUACUUGACGGGAGGGGACGCGUAUGGUAUUGAGGGGGAGGAUGCCGCGGCGUUUGUGGGGAAGCUGAAGGUGUCGGGGUUUACUAUGAUGGGGGCGUAUCCGAGGGGGAAGACUUGGGGGUGGUCGGAGGGGGGAGCCGACGCUGCUGGGUUUGAGGCUGUGUGGAGGGUGAAGAAUGCGGAUUUGGAUCCAGUUUUGGGGGCGCAGCGUGGGAUUCAUACUAAUCGGAAUAUUCGCAGUUCGGCGCUGCGAGGACGGUAG